AUCGUGGAGAAGAGGCUUCUCCGUAAGUUAGACCUUCGGGUAGCCUUUCUAGUUCUAGUUUACAUUAUGAACAUCAUGGACCGUACUAAUAUAGCUGCAGCGAGGCUGCGUGGCUUCGAAGAGGACCUUGGAAUGACGGGGAAUCAAUUUAAUACACUCACCAGCAUCUUUUUUGUGGGGUAUCUAUUCACCCAGGCUCCUUCGUAUGUACUAACAUCUUAUCGUCCUGCGGCAUAUCUAAUAAUUUGAAAGCAACAUGAUCUUACACCACAUGAAAAGGCCAUCAUUGUACCUCUCGGGGUGUAUGAUAACAUGGGCUGCUAUUACCAUGUGUAUGAGUACGUCACACUGCUUUCACUUGAUCGACAUUGGCUGACGAGGGAUCAUGAAAGAUAUCAUGCCGCUCUUAUUUUGCGCUUCUUUAUUGGAUUUGUAGAGGCGGCAUUCUUUCCCGGAGCUGUAUUU